AUGGACCCAGAAGCAGAGCGUAUAGUGAAAGAUUUUACCAGUAUUCUUGAAGAAUUGACAUUCAAUUCAAGACCAAUCAUCACCACUAUAACAAAGAUUGCUGAAGAAAAUAUAUCGUAUUCACAGUAUUUCGUUGAUGCUCUGGAAAAUAGAAUCGAUAAAUGUGUCCCUGGUCAGAAAUUAUACGCAUUUUACGCAGUGGAUUCCAUUUGUAAAAAUGCUGGUUCUCCAUAUACAAUCUAUUUUAGUAGAAAUUUGUUUAGUUUAUAUAAAAAGACUUAUUUGCUAGUGGACAACAAUACAAGAAGUAAACUGAUUAAUAUGUUCAAGACUUGGAUGACUCCUAAUGAAGCUACAGGUGGUCCCUUAUUUGAAGGAGCUGCACUAGAAAGAAUAGAAAAGUUUUUAAUAAAGGCAAGUGCAUUACAUCAAAAGAAUUUUCAAUUAAAAUUACCAACUCCAACGGUUCCAUUAUUAUUGAGAGAUAUUGAUAAGUUAACUGUCCUUACCAAUGAAAGACUAAGAAAUCUACCAAAUGAUGAGAAGUUACUUAUGAAAUUGAAUGUGUUAUCACAAUUAAAACAAAGUUUACAGAGAGAAAAACUUUCACAGGAUGCUUUAAGGCAGGUACAAUUACAAUUGAAACAAAUUUUUGCUCAAGAUCAGAAAGUUAUACAGGAUUCUGUCAGAAGACAGCAGCAACAGAAUGAACAAGGUGAAUCAAAGCAAUCUAGUAAAGAUCAUACUAUGGAAAAUGGCAGUAAGGAAACAGGAAGCUACAAUAAUAAUGUACAUUCGGAAAGUUCCACACCUUUUAGUCCUCUUUUUAGUAGUUCUUCUGGUAGUACUCCGCCUGUGUCAUCUACACUUUUUGGUAAUAUAUCAAGCUUUUUACCUGCACAAAAUUUUGCUGAAAUUGAAAGAUCGAAUAAAAUAUCAAGUUUGAAUAAACUUUAUGAAUCAUUGAAUGAAGAAGGACUUCUUUAUGAGCCACCAAAGGAAUCCGUAGUCACACUCUAUAACAAAUUAAACAAAGAUUCUGAGUUGUCGAGUAUCAACGAUACUGUUAAGAAUUUACCUCCAAUUUCAACGUUACAAAAUAUUUUGUUCGAUUGUAAAGCAUAUUUCUCCACAGUAAAUAUUAACGUUUCAAAUAUUCCGUCAUUACAAUUUAAUCAGCAGAAUAUUGCUAAUAAGAAUCCCUUGGUCACUAAUAGUUUGAUUAACCUACUGUAUAGGGUCAAAUCAAAUAAGUGUAGCACCUGUGGAAAGAGAUUUGGUAAUGCUCCAGAAGAGAAAAAACUAUACAAUGAACAUUUAGACUGGCAUUUCAGAAUCAAUAAUAGAAUAAAAGGAUCCUCCGUCUCUUCCACCUCAGCAAGUUUAGCGGCAGCAGCCAAUAAAAAUAUUCAAUCAAGAAAUUGGUACCUAAGUGCUUUAGAGUGGAUUAAUUUCAAAGAUGAUUUUAUAGUGUCUACCAAAGAGGUUGUUGACGAGGACAGACAAACUAACAGUCAAAAUAAUAGAGCUGGCAUAGUUACAUUGCCAUCAGGAGGUAAAAUUUCCUCUGCAACAGGAUCUAACGUCAGUGAAGAAUCCUUAUAUAACAAAUUCGUCGCGGUUCCUGAAUCAAGUGUCGAUAUGACAUUUAAAUGUCCAAUAUGUAAAGAUGUGGUCAGCAGCGUUUAUGAUGAAGAAUCUGGAGAGUGGAUUUGGAAAAAUACAGUAUCGAUAGAUGGGAAAUAUUUUCAUGCUACAUGUUAUCAUGAAACAUCUAAAAAUAGUAGGUAA